CGCUUUAGCCUCAGUGCAGAGCUUUAGGUGGUGUGAAGGGAACCGGUCGCGGCGAUCGUAAGGACCAGCAGCAGAAGGAGCAGCAGGAGCAGCAGCAGCAGCACCCGCAUCCGCUGCGGGAGUCCGAGCCAGAACCACACCCACGUCGCUGCCCUUUACUCUUGUCAUCUCACUGCCCCGCCACAGACCGCGUUCCCCGAGGAAAGCGGCAGCCCACGCCCGGAGCAUCCUCCCCUGCUGAGCGGCCGCUGACGGACCCGGCGGUAUGAUGCGGCUGCGAGGCUCGGUGAUGCUGCGGGACCUGCUCCUGCGGUCGCCAGCCGGCGUGAGCGCGACUCUGCGGCGGGCACAGCCCCUGGUCACCCUGUGCCGGCGUCCCCGAAGCGGGGGACGGCCGGCCGCGGGCCCAGCUGCCGCCGCGCGACUCCACCCGUGGUGGGGCGGGGGCGGCUGGCCGGCGGGGCCCCUUGCGCGGGGCCUGUCCAGCUCUCCCUCGGAGAUCUUGCAGGAGCUGGGCAAGGGGAGUACGCAUCCGCAGCCCGGGGUGUCGCCACCCGCUGCCCCGGCGGCGCCCGGCCCCAAGGACGGCCCCGGGGAGACGGACGCGUUUGGCAACAGCGAGGGCAAAGAGCUGGUGGCCUCAGGUGAAAAUAAAAUAAAACAGGGUCUGUUACCUAGCUUGGAAGAUUUGCUGUUCUAUACAAUUGCGGAAGGACAAGAGAAAAUACCCGUUCAUAAAUUUAUUACAGCACUCAAAUCUACAGGAUUGCGAACGUCUGAUCCCAGGUUGAAAGAGUGUAUGGAUAUGUUAAGAUUAACUCUUCAAACAACGUCAGAUGGUGUCAUGCUAGACAAAGAUCUUUUUAAAAAAUGUGUUCAGAGCAACAUUGUUUUGUUGACACAAGCCUUUAGAAGAAAGUUUGUCAUUCCUGACUUUAUGUCUUUUACCUCACACAUUGAUGAGUUAUAUGAAAGUGCUAAAAAGCAGUCUGGAGGAAAGGUUGCAGAUUAUAUUCCUCAACUGGCCAAAUUCAGUCCUGAUUUGUGGGGUGUGUCUGUUUGUACAGUAGAUGGACAGAGGCAUUCUAUUGGAGAUACCAAAGUUCCCUUCUGUCUUCAGUCCUGUGUAAAACCUUUGAAAUAUGCCAUUGCUGUUAAUGAUCUUGGAACUGAAUAUGUGCAUCGAUAUGUUGGAAAAGAGCCGAGUGGACUAAGAUUCAACAAACUAUUUUUGAAUGAAGAUGAUAAACCACAUAAUCCUAUGGUAAAUGCUGGAGCAAUUGUUGUGACUUCACUAAUAAAGCAAGGAGUAAAUAAUGCUGAAAAAUUUGACUAUGUCAUGCAGUUUUUGAAUAAGAUGGCUGGUAAUGAAUAUGUUGGAUUCAGUAAUGCGACGUUUCAGUCUGAAAGGGAAAGUGGAGAUCGAAAUUUUGCAAUAGGAUAUUACUUAAAAGAAAAGAAGUGUUUUCCAGAAGGCACAGAUAUGGUUGGUAUAUUAGACUUCUACUUCCAGCUGUGCUCCAUUGAAGUGACUUGUGAAUCAGCCAGUGUGAUGGCUGCGACACUGGCUAAUGGUGGUUUCUGCCCAAUUACUGGUGAAAGAGUACUGAGCCCUGAAGCAGUUCGAAAUACUUUGAGUUUGAUGCAUUCCUGUGGCAUGUAUGACUUCUCAGGGCAGUUUGCUUUCCAUGUUGGUCUUCCUGCAAAAUCUGGAGUUGCUGGGGGCAUUCUUUUAGUUGUCCCCAAUGUUAUGGGUAUGAUGUGCUGGUCUCCUCCUCUGGAUAAGAUGGGCAACAGUGUUAAGGGAAUUCACUUUUGUCACGAUCUUGUUUCUCUGUGUAAUUUCCAUAACUAUGAUAAUUUGAGACACUUUGCAAAAAAACUUGAUCCUCGAAGAGAAGGUGGUGAUCAAAGGGUAAAGUCAGUGAUAAAUCUUUUGUUUGCUGCAUAUACUGGAGAUGUGUCUGCACUUCGAAGAUUUGCUUUGUCAGCGAUGGACAUGGAACAGCGGGACUAUGAUUCUAGAACAGCACUGCAUGUAGCUGCUGCAGAGGGUCAUGUUGAAGUUGUUAAAUUUUUGCUGGAAGCCUGCAAAGUAAACCCUUUCCCCAAGGACAGGUGGAAUAACACUCCCAUGGAUGAAGCACUGCACUUUGGACACCAUGAUGUAUUUAAAAUUCUCCAAGAAUACCAAGUCCAGUACACACCUCAAGGAGAUUCUGACAACGGGAAGGAAAAUCAAACCGUCCAUAAGAAUCUUGAUGGAUUGUUGUAAUGGUCUCAAAUCCCAAGAUUUAAAUCACUUACCUAUUUAAUUGUGGAAAAUGAUUAUGAAGACCGUGUGUAUUUCUAUCUGGUAGUGAUGUAUAUUUUACAUUUGUCAUUUCAGUGUUACUGGAGUUUUCUUCAUUGUGCGCACAGGACAAAUCUGAUCUCUUUGGGAAAAAAUAGAAAUAAAACAGUCUCCCUCCAUAAUGUGAGCAAUAUUACCUCGUGCAUUGUAUAAUUUGAUGUAAAAGAAAUAGUUACCAAUGCUAGCUUAAUUGUGUGGUCUUCCAUGAUUUAUUUGUGUUUUGUGAAUUUUCAAUUUAUGGUGAUGAUCUGCUGAUAUGCAUUUAUAAAUUAAGCUCUGUUGUACAGUCUGUCCAAAUGGGUCAAGGUUGCCUUUAGAAGCAAAUAGUGUGAUUUUCAAGACUUCAAAUACAAAUUUAGUUUGAGUGUUUGAACAACUAUAUGCACUUAUGGUUGUGUGUUUAAAGUGUCUCUCUCUCACCCUAGCUUCACGAUGUGACUCUUAAAAAAACUAUAAUAGUUAACAACUGUUAGUAAGAUAGACCAAUUCUGAUUAGACUUUAUCAGGGAAUCUGUUUAAGGAUAUGUUUGGUGACCAAAACAUAUGUGUGAAUGUAGUUAUAAUACUUUUGAAAAUUUUUCCUUUUUCUAUAUCCCCUUAGUCCAGCCUCUCUUCUCAGACAUUUAGCUCUCUGCCUCUUUCCUUCAGCUGGGAAAGUGAGUGCUGGCAUACUAUGCAGUUUUUAUGUUUUCCAUAGUAAGUCAGAAAAUGCCUCCUAUUUCUGGCAUCAGAACUUUGCCAUUUGUCUACAGAAGACGAACCAGAGACAAAAUUACUAAGUAUAAAUUAGUCAAGUUUACCAGUCUAAAAAACGAAGGGAUGUGCAACCGCAGCUCUUUAAGAAGAUAUUUUUUUAGCUUCUAGGGUAAAGAUAAAUUCAGAAAUGCUCUAAGCUACCAAAGUUAUUCUGAAAGUAUGGGAACUGCUACAACUAACAUUUGUUUCCAAGCCUGUCAUUAAGAGUCUGCACCAAGAGAUUUGUCCUCCUUGGGGGACCAUUGGAUCAUUCCAGAUUUCUUGUGAUUUUCUAUUGUGUAAUUCUUGGUGGGCUCUGUAGUUUAAUAAUAAGAAAAAGGCCAUUUCAUUUUAAAUUGUGACCUAUAAUUUUCUUUGUCUUGGGUUGGUAAUUCAGGAUUCAUUUGGAAAGUGGGUAAAAGGGGCUUCAAAAAACUGAUAGAACAGGAUUUUCUAGGAAUUACACAUACAUUUUAUCCUGUCAUACCUCGAGAUAAAGAGGCAUGUUAGUGAGGAUUUCUGAUAUUAAGCACACACACACAUGCACACAAAUGGACUUCUCUGAAGCUGUGUUUAGUGAAAUGAGCUCAAGUACAUGAAUGUUAGUUGUUGCCACAUACAGCAAUUUCCUUUUCCUUUUUUUCUUCCUAUGAGCACACACUGCUGCUUCUAAGCUUUACCAUGCCUGAUGGCACCUUACUCCAGCAGCCUCCAGGUGCGUUCAUUUUCACUUCCAGUCUAAGCCAGUGGCUCCAGCCACUGCCCUCCCAUUACCUAGAUGGCACCUCCUUUGGUGAAACCAUGGCCAAUGUUCCUUAGCUGCACCAGGCCCAAAGCUGUUCCCAUGCUUGAGCUUCCAUGGGGAGGAUGGUGAGUGAGCAGUUUCCUAUCCCAUGGAUCUGUCAAGCCAUGGAGACAGGUAGCAUUUGCAAGAUGCUGCACAGGAGCAGCAUUAUCCCCAAAGAUAUUACAGGGUAGACACGUUUUAAUUGAAAUCAAUUGAGAUAACUUUGCUCAAACAGCAGCAUGCUUUGUGUGACUGAAAUGAAACAUUAAGACAGUUCAAUUUGUGACUUCAAGAUUACCAAUGAUUUUGAGGCUUUUCUAUAAUAAAAAGAGGUUCUAACCAUUAUUUGGGAACAAAGAGAGUUUUCAUCUUUUUUCAGAUCAAAACCAUUCUGUAAAAUCUUUGUUGUUUAAUUAAAUGUGCCCUUAUUUACCCCUGAUGUUAUUUAUGACUAUGUGCCGAUUCCUGCUCGGGCUGUUUGCUGUUGGCUGGUAAUAAUAUAUUUGAUUUAAAUGCUGUUGACUGUGCUAUUAACUGCUGCCGUCAGUAAACUCCAAAGAUCUUUUUGUUUUGGCUUUAGUUUCAUAUGUGCUUUUUCUGUAUCAUGAGAGCUCUAUAUGGUCAUGUUAUAGCUUUAUAUACAUUGUUGUUUUUGCUGGUCUCAUCUUUGGUAAUAAGCUAUACCCCACUGCUGCCCGACACUGCCCUUUAGCUGCAGAGCUGGAUUAGCUAUUGACCAUUUUAUGCUGUUGUCUGUCUGGCAGGGACUGAAUGACCUGAUGUCAGAUUUAGAUUCUUCCUGGGGAUUAUACAGCUAUGAAUGUAUUUGCUUCUAAAACCUCCCAAAGUGAAUCUAAUCUUAAAACUACAAGUUGUAAGUAUUCUGAAAUUGGGAAACAUUUAUUUUAAAUGCAAUCAGGUAGUGUUGCUUUUUACAGCAUAAUAAAUAUAUGUAUCAAAAAAAA